AUGCGCAAUCCGCCUCUCGAGGUGGUGGCCCAAUGGCCGCGGCCAAACUACGAUAACCCCGAGCAUCGUGGGCCUACUUUGCUUAUCGUCGAGGUCACCAUCAUGUCCGUUGCCAUUCUCACCCUCAUGGCUCGUCUCUACGUCCGCAUCUUCAAAGUCAACAAGCAUGGGCUCGACGACUGGCUUAUGUUGGCCGCCAUGGUCUUUGGUAUUGGUGUCACUGUCUGUGUGAUUCUUGCAUCCCAACUGUACGGAUGGAACAUCCACGUCUGGGAUCUCAGGAUGUCCCAGGCCGAAACUGGCCGAAAAGUGUCACUCGCUGCUCAGACACUAUUCCUCUUCUCCUCAGGCCUUGCAAAGAACUCUAUCCUCGUGUCUUACCUGCGCAUUGCCCCUGCUCAUUCUUGGCUUCGACGGUUGACAUAUGUCUCUCUUUUCAUUGUGACUGCUCUGAUCUUCAUCUUUCUUGUAGUCCUUUGGACACAAUGCAAACCUAUUUCUGCCUACUGGUCUUUGACCGGAGGUGAUAGCUGUAUCCCUGAAGGCCCUGCCGUGCUGAGCCAAGCUAUCACCACUGUUCUCACUGAUCUCCUUGUCUGCGCUCUACCUCUACAAACACUCUUCCAACUCAAACUUCCCAUGUCGCAACGCGUCGCCCUCAUGGUAGUUUUCUCACUCGGCCUGGUAGUCGUCUUUGCAGCCUCCAUGCGCGCCUACUACACCCACUAUGUCACCGACGAAACCUACGAUGUUACCUGGGAAGGAUUCCAUCUUUGGAUUUGGACCGCCGUCGAAGCAAACCUGGGAGUCAUCUGCGGCAGCGUGCCAGCACUACGACCACUAUUCAGAAACAUGUUCCGAUCCAAGAGCAGCAGCUAUUACAACAACACUCAAUCGCACGCUUACCCACCCGGCUCGGCUCCAGGGGUCGUCACAGUUAUCUCCAGCAGCAAGAAGAACUCGCGAGUAUGGGCCAACAGCUUCCAGCGGGGAACGAAAGGAGUGAGAAUACACGACGAGAUCGAUGUCGAAGAGGGCUUUAAUGAACCGGCACGACAUCAAAGCACAGACAGCGGGGUGUCGUCGCUGGAAAUGGACACCUGGCCACCCAAGCCAAAGCCUAGAUCUUGGCCUGCGAACUCAUGA